AUGUUGCUCAGACUUGAACUCUCCAAAAAACGCGGGGUGGACUUCCUCUGUGCGAGCUGGAGGUCGAUCCCUUGGGUUAAUAAAUUUAGGGUUUUUCUACUACUCUUUCCAGCUCGCGAUUGAACUAUCCCCGAGUUGUAUUAUUGGGUAAGCCGCCGCCUCGGGCGCACCUCGUCGUCGGCAAUACGUACGACGACCUUGUGGUGAGGGGACGAGCACGGACUGUCUUCAGACACUUGUCCUUUUUCUUCUAACAGGGACGGUGGCUGGCCUGGGGCCUCGAUGAUGCUAUCCCUGGUGGAAGUGGGUCCGCCUCUGGUGGAACGCGGGGAUUCUGGUGCGUCAGGUUCGGCAGGACUAGGGGUGAGGCUCGGUUCAAGGUGAAUGCGUGUUGCCUCAAGUUCAUUAGAAAGCGUUGUGACGACAACUUCCAGUCCGAGAGAUGCUUGGUGAGAUGCUCACUGAGACCCGAGACCCAACGCUGCGCCGGACUGCAUGUCCACGGACAUACUUGUGUGCAGGCGAUCCGUGAGUACGACAGAAGUCGGCCUGUGAGGGAGCUCUUCUAUUUUGGAACUGGCAAAUCGUUGAAAGCGGCACGGCAGAAUGCGAAAAUGGUACGUCCCAUACACAGCCUAAAGAGACACGACGAUUCCCCUGUCGUGUCAAUCUCAGGCGUGCUUUAUGGAUCCCUCAAUUCGAUUUCUAACUACCUGCCGCAGGAGCUACACAUUGGUGUUCAACAUCUGUCCCAGGAGGCGCCUGCUCCAGGACAUCAUCUCGCCCCAGAACAACAGCAGCAUGGCCCCGACCAGUCAGCGUAGCGGCGAGCCGGUACGCAAUGUGUUCAGCGCGUGCUAUUACCGCCGAACGCACCCCUACAAGCGCUGCGUUUUGGUAUCUGUCUGCAUCAGGUCCCUUUGCUGUUCACGGGGUUCAUCGUGGUACGUUGGCAAUGGGCACUGUCCGCUCUACUCCCUACCGUGCUGUGUCAUCUAUCAGAAUGGUGGGAAUGGCGUCGUGGAUGCGCUCGACACUGUCUUCGCAUCGCCAGACACGAAGGGCACAGGCAUGAAGGUCGCGUACGACUUGGCAAAGGAAUGGGGGCCAGGUCAGUGAGUUUCCUCUCGGGGGACGGCACUGAACGGGUGGGAGGGGGCCGUCCAGUCUGCCACUCGGUCAUUGGUCGUGUUUACGCUUGCUGUGUUGGUUGGCAGACUUUGGCCCACCGAAGGGCUUCCAACCCAUGGAAAAGAAUCUGGGAUUGCUCCCCGGCCUGUCUGGUGAGGAUGGUGGGGGGCGACAGGAAAAGGACGGACCGAUCACAAACCACACUGCUGGUGGGCAGGGUGCACACCAGUAAACAGCUACAUAGCUGGAGCACCCGGAUCAUGUGGGUUGUCUGCCCAUUGCUGCAUGAUCAUUUUGCACCACUCGUGGUGGAAUUAGUUUGAUUGUCCUAUGUGUCCUCUGUCUGUAUCGCGUACACCCGCGCACCGUAAACACAACUGGUAUCCUGCCCCAGGCUGUGCACGCAGUCUGAAUACUUGCAUAGGUAGUCAAGCUGCGCGUGCAGCUCAGUAUUUGUGUUCUUUGUACACCCGUGUGCUGCCCUCCCUCAGCUACAGUGCCUGUGAUUCAUUGUGGGGGGAUUGUGGGUGUGGAUGAUAGUGUAUGGGCGACCGAGUCUUACAUGCUGCUUAUAUGCACCUUGUCAUUGUUGUGCCCAUCCGGGCCAUUCCGAUUUUUCGGGUUUUCAUUCCAUUUGUGUAGCCAUCGGACGACUUUCACUAGCCGUAUAUGACGUGGGAUGAUAGUCUUAUUUCGAUGUCCAGUUAGGUUCCGUGUACGCCGAUGCACUCCCUAUCUCUGAUGCUGUGACGAGAGCGCGACGACAAUUUUUGACGCCGUAAGUCAUGUGACGUCUGCGCUUCGCCUCACAUGAGACGCUUGUGGGUACCGAUUUUUCGUCUGCUAUUCUAUCCAUCCAUCCAUCCAUCCACCUACACUGAUCAGUAUAGCACGCUCCAUCUACCAUCCAUACGUCUGAGGCGUGGGUUGAAUUCAUAUCAUGUGAAACGGACUCUGCUGCGUUCGAAUGAUCUUAAGAGGUCUCACAUGUCA